CUUGUUUUCGAGAACAUUCCUGACGUCCGCGGCAGUCCGCCUGUCGGAAUCCGUCGCAAGCGGUAGCGGUUGGCUGUUGCUCCGUCCGCUUGGGAGGCUAGUUUCGCCACCUCGUAGCCCCUUUCCUUGGUCGAAACGAUGCGACAUUCAAAGAGAACAGAUUGUCCUGAUUGGUUUGAAAAGGAAAGUUGGGAUCACAGAAAAUGGAGUAGCAGUAUCAGUGGUCAUAAGCGAAGGAAGAGAUCUCAUAGCAGUUCCCGGGAGAACAAGCGCUGUAAGCAAAAUCACUCGAAAAUUUACGAUCGCCAUUAUUUGGAAGCCAGGUGUAUAAAUGAGAGAGAUUACCGUAAACGACGCUACGUUGAUGAAUAUAGAAAUGACUACUGUCAAGGAUAUGAAAGCGGAUAUCACCAUAGAGAACAAGAAAGUGGCUAUUAUAAUCACAGUAGCAAGUCCUCCGGUAGAAGUGGAAGAAGUCAUAAAAGAAAGCACAAGAGUCAUCGCAGUACAGCACAUCAUCGUUCACAUGUGAAGAGUCACCGAAGGAAAAGAUCCAGGAGUGUAGAGGAUGAUGAGGAGGGUCACCUGAUCUGUCAGAGUGGAGACGUACUAAGUGCAAGAUAUGAAAUUGUUGAUACUUUAGGCGAAGGAGCUUUUGGAAAAGUUGUGGAAUGCAUCGAUCAUAAAGCGGGAGGUAGACGUGUAGCAGUAAAAAUAGUAAAAAAUGUGGAUAGAUAUUCCGAAGCAGCUCAUUCAGAAAUACAAGUUUUGGAACACAUAAAUUCAACAGAUCCCAGCAGCACGUUUCGCUGUGUUAAGAUGUUGGAAUGGUUUGAGCAUCUCGGUCACGUCUGCAUUGUGUUUGAACUUCUGGGACUUAGCACUUAUGACUUCAUUAAAGAAAACAGCUUUUUGCCAUUUCGAAUGGAUCACAUCAGGAAAAUGGCAUAUCAAAUAUGCAAAUCUGUUAACUUUUUGCACAGUAAUAAACUAACUCAUACUGACCUGAAGCCUGAAAAUAUUUUGUUUGUUCAGUCAGACUACACAGAAGAGUAUAAUCCCAAAAUGAGACGCGAUGAGCGUACAGUAAAAAAUCCAGAUAUUAAAGUUGUAGACUUUGGAAGUGCAACCUAUGAUGAUGAGCACCAUAGUACCUUGGUUUCUACAAGACAUUACAGAGCACCUGAAGUUAUUUUAGCUCUAGGUUGGGCUCAGCCAUGUGAUGUUUGGAGUAUAGGAUGCAUUCUCAUUGAGUACUACCUGGGAUUCACAAUAUUUCCUACGCAUGACAGUAAGGAACAUUUGGCAAUGAUGGAAAGGAUUUUAGGACCUUUACCCAAACAUAUGAUUCAGAAAACCAGGAUACAAAAAUAUUUCCGUCAUUACCAAUUAGAUUGGGAUGAACACAGUUCUGCUGGUAGAUACGUUCAACGGCGUUGUAAACCAUUAAAGGAAUUUAUGCAUUCCCAAGAUGCUGACCAUGAGCUUCUCUUUGACCUCAUUCGGAAAAUGUUAGAGUAUGAUCCAACUGAAAGAAUUACUCUCAAAGAAGCCUUGAAGCAUCCUUUCUUUUCUUCACUGAAGAAAGAAAAUAUGUGACCUGUCUUCAAUAUAUAUUUGUACAGCUCUCCAAAGGAGAUUAUAUAGACUGUGUCAGUCAACAUAAUUUUUAAGUAUUAAAUUAUUUUGUACAGUUAGCUUUGUAAAAUUCUUAAUUUUUGUAUCACUGCCAUGUUUAUUUUGUUUGAACAGUUUGGUUUAUUGUUGAGUAUCUAAAUAAAUUUAUGAAAACCUUUAUAA